UCCUGACGCAACCCUCCCAUUUAUCCGGGUUUGAGACUGGGACUACGAACGCACUGAUUUGCGCAUCCUCCGUGGCUGGGUUUUUGGGGGCAUUGGCUGGGGAUUUCUGGAUGAAUGCAUUCACUUAAUUUAGACAGGUCAAUCGAUACAAUUGUAGCGGAGACAGAGCCGUUCAGUUGGCUUUCUAAUUGCCAGCGAGGUGCACAGCAUGUCUGACGUGAAUUUCGGUAUAAAUUGACUACUGGAUAAGCAACAGUAGGGUAGACCUAUAGCCUAACGAAACUUUGGGGAAAGUUUAACCUUUCAAGACGAAACAGUUUAUAAUUAUUGAACACUAAAAUUACCAUUACCGAGAUAAAUUAAUAUCAGUUAAAAUGAUCGUAUGAUUACAGAAUUGCAUAUAUUGUUAUAUAAAUAGGCUACCCAUAAUGAAAAGUCCCUCUUUGCUUCUCAAAGUGUUAAAGCAGGGGUGCGCAACUCAAAUUACCCUAGUUGAUUUUAAUUAACAACUCUUAGAUAUGAUUGGGCUAAUUAAAUAAUUAAGAGCAUAAAUCGACACAAAAUCCUAAAAAGGAUCAGCCCUUUUUGUGCACCCCUGGGCAGAAUAAUUUCGGCAGGAAUAUGUUUCCGGAACCAAUUUUACAAUUCUGAGUGGGGAACUAAUAUGUCGUUGCACUGCAAUGUGGAUACAAGUUACAAGCUACUGCUAACAACACUUGCAGACUACACCGGAUUUCUUGAAUGUCAAAUUCUCCCGAGCCUUCUCCCAAUUACGAAGAACAGUUUGCUCACCGGUUUACUGCAGACGAUAAACAAUAUCAGGAAUACCUCCAGCGCUCUUCAAAUCCACCCCCGAUGGUCGAAGAUUGGAGAGUUCGUGGGGGUGGGCACCAGCGCGGCAGAGACAAUCGCUUCCAGGAGCAUCGCCCGUUCAGAGGGCGUGACCGUGGGCGUGGCUGGGGUUGGUCAGGGGAACAGCGGAACUCUUCUCAUUGGCAGGACCGCCGGUGGGGCUCAGGCAGUGGGGGGUAUGACCAGGGAUACAAUUCCUACAACCAGAGACCACGCAACUACUAGAGAUGUGUUUCACCCUAUUUUUGUACAGGCUAUGGUUUCACCCCAUUGAUAUUCAAAUAUUCUACUGCUCCCAAAAAAAAAAAAUUCAACCAGUCCUGUGUGAAUGCCUUCAAGCAAGGAUAUCUGCAUUCACCUGCAUUUUCAGGAUGGAAAGUGAGCGAUUUAUCUGAGAUGAAUGACCUGCUAUUUCAUACUGGGCUCUUAUGGGCUCCUUCACUAAUAUCAGCAAAGAAUAAAAACUUGAUUUCUUUAUUUUGUAUUUUUUUUGUAAUAUACAGGCAUUUUGGACUAACAGGUUAUGUCAUGGUCAAAUCAUUUCGUCUCACUAUUAGUAAUUUUCUCUGAAUGCUUCUUGUAUUAGCAUCCCCAGAACCCAGAAAUGCUAUAGCAAUUUCAUGUUUGUCUGCUUAUGCUAUGGAUGAAAGUAUUUUUGCAUCUUUAACUGAACUAUAAUGGGAAUGUAUUGAGAUCACUGUCUUUCAGUAGUGUUGCCUGUAACACAGUCAGUGUUGGGGGCAAGUGUGGGGAUCAGAUGUAGAUGUCAGAUGUGGAUCAAAAGUCCUUCAAGGAGCAGUGUUUCAUAAACAGUCUUUUUUACUUGUUUUAGGGAUGUGAUUAUAACUGUGCUUCUCUUCAUUUGAUAUCAUUUGUUGUACCGAGACAAGGUUAUUUGGAGCCAUAGUAUUUGUGCUGUGAAAGAGCUGUGCUGCAUUACUGACUUUUUACUUUCUUUAAAGCUUUUCAGUUUGUUUCCUCAUUUAAUGCGAGGAAAUGAGGUAGCUGUUCUGAUUCCACGUCAAUGCUGUCAUUCAGCAGGCCUGAAUAUGCCCAUGCAAAAUAAAUUAACCUUAAAAUUAA